AUGUUUUUCCUUCUUAUAUUGCAGUUCUCUCUUAUAAGAAGUUAUCAAAACAAAGAAGAUUUGAAGUCAGUAAGUAAAAAGAGGGAAGCUACUCGCUCCUCUUCUUCUGAUUCAUAUUUUUAUUGGUUUCUUAUUGUGUUACUUCUUUCUCCAUUUUAUGCCUGCUAUUAUUGUUACAAGAAGAGAAUAUGUUGCUGCGCUUGCUGCGCUUGCUGCAGGAAAGAAGAGUCUUCUUCUUCAAGCAAUGCAAACAAACUUAAUAAUAUUACAAAUCAAAGUUUGAUCCCACCAACUCCCCAGUAUUAUGACCAACCAAAUCCAAACCAAGCUCAAUACCCCUAUCCAUCUCAACCAUACUCACCCGAGCCAUAUUCACAAAAGGGUCCAAAUCCUCCUCCAUAUAUCCCACAGCAACCUCCAGUUGAUAAUCAGUACCAACAACCUCCACCACAGGCAACAUAUUAUAAUCAGCCAGUUGCUCCACAACAACCAGUCAAUAAUUAUCAACCUCCACCACCAACAAAUAGUAACCAAUAUCCACCGCAAAUUCCACCAGAAUCAAAUCCUUAUGAUUUGUAA